AUGUUUUGUUGUAAGUAAUUACGGCUCUAUAGAUUUUAAUAAUUUAGUACUUUCAGAUGGUGUAGUUAAGUUUUCGAUCAAAUUGAGAAGGAAUCGAGAAGAAAAAUAAAAAUUUCACUAUUCUAAGAUGCCUUAAAACAGGCUUAAGAAUUUAAAGUGAAGGAGGAAUUUAUUCGAUUUACUCUUUGUGAUGUUAAUUCAUAAUCAUAAUUGAUUGAAGCAGCUGUGCCGGCUAAUGUUCUAUACAGUGCAAUAGCACAGACUUAUAACUUAGAGUUUUCUCUAGUUGAGAGAUUGUAUGGUGAGAUCAAUUCAAUGAACAACUUCGAAGAUGUAUUUAAUGCCCAUAAAAAAUCAACUUCUAUACAAUUUUCGAGUUUAUUUUAAAAAAUUCAAGAGAUCUUUGAAUUAUCAGGGGGAGGCUGUGAAGAAUAGAAGGAAGUAUUGGUAAAGGACUUAUUAAGUUUGUGUUCUAGUGCACAAGAGGUCAAAUAUUUGAUUAGAUUCUUGAAGAAAAGAAUGAGAAUAGGUUUAAGUACAUAGAGUGUAUCAUAGUUACUCGAUGAGAGUGAAAGAAAACGAUUAUUGGGAUACCAAUCGGGAUCAGGAGAUUUGUAAAAAGGAAUUCCGAUACAACCCUAAUUAGCAAAAAGUUUUCAAAAGGAGAAUAAGGAGGAAGAGAUAACGAUGGAGAAAAUAAAGAAGAAGUUCUUGAAUGAUGACCUGGGUGGGUGUUAUUUUGAGUAUAAAUAUGAUGGGGAGAGACUAUAAGUGCAUUACACCAAUGGCGAAGUCAAAUUGUUCGGUAGGUCUUUAGAGGAGAAGACAAACCAAUUCAAAGAGCUAUCUAACUAAUUGAAAGGCCAUUUCGAUAACAAUAAAUUUGAUGAUGUAAUUUUGGAUUGUGAGAUGAUAUGUUAUCAUAAUGGAGAGAUCUUGCCAUUUUAAGAAAUGCAAAAUAAAACUUACGAGAAUUCAGUGUAUUUGAGUUUGGUUUGUUUUGACAUUUUGUAUCACAACAAAUAAAUUCUGUUAAAUAAAACGUACUCCUAAAGAUUAUAAAUAUACAAUUCAAUCUUAAAGCCUAUAACAAAGCAGAGACAAGUAAUAAGUCACAUUAUAUCACAUAAAUUUGCGAAUGAAAAUGAAAUGGACAGGUUUUAUAAAUAAGCGUUGCUUGAUGGAUUGGAGGGGAUUAUGAUUAAAAGAGACACUUUUUACACCCCUGGGUCAAGAAAUGAUUGGCUUAAGAUUAAGAAAGAAAAGGAUAUUGAUUUAGUUGUACUGGGUGGAUAUUAUGGAUAAGGAAAAAGACAAUAAUGGUUGGGUUCAUUUCUGUUGGGUAUCUAUGAGAAUGGACGAUUGCAUCCAAUAGCUAAAAUAGGGACAGGGUUUAGUGAUUAAAAAUUAGAGGAGUUGACUAAGAGGUACAUGUCCAAACCAAGUGGCAGUUGUCCUUCCCAUUUGAUAGGAUUUAAAGAUCAACCUCAUGUGUGGUUUUCUCAAAAUGACGUUUGGGAGGUCACUUACGAUACGGUUUCUGCAUCACCUCUUUACCCAGCUCAAAAUUCGUAGUUGAACACAGGAAUAUCGGUGAGAUUCCCGAGGUUUAAAAGAGAAAGACCCGACAAGACAAUAGAAUAGAGUGGGCCAAUCCAAGACUUGGUGGAGGAGUACUUUAAGGUGUAGAAGAAGGAGUUCCUUUGA